AUGAAGAGCCUUUUUCUUUAUAUUUAUGUUGCAUUCAUGUUUACUUGCAUAAUGGCUUUGCCAUUACCUGUGGAUAACAAAAGGGCUUCUUCAGACUCCUUAGAUCUAAGCAAAAAAUACGCACCAAACCCUCCUGCUACGCAUACCGUAAAUAUUUUAAUCAUGUUCACAGAACCUGAACAUUCCGAAGUUGCGGCUCAUUUAAUAACGAUAGACUUAUACGGGACCAUGGUGCCUAAGACAGUAAUGAAUUUUUGCCAGUAUGCUGAUAGUAUGAAAGAUCGCAUUCCUCCUGAUCAUAUUGUCCCUUCGGAGCGUGAUUUUGAUAAGAUUCUAUCGAAUGGGGCUAUAGAAGGUGGUCCUGUUCCUUCCUCCUCUGGUGAAGAAACGGGGGUCUUAGCUUCUCUCUUUAAAGAAAACCAUGGUUUGAUUCACGAUAGGCCAGGCAGGGUUUCCAUGAUUAAGGAUGAUGCGGGACUCAAGUUUAUAAUUGGAACUAGUGACACGGCUCCUGGAGGUGGAAAUAUUGUAUUUGGCCAAGUUACAUCCGGAUUAAAAGAUUUAAUGGAUAAACUAGCCAAUGUGAAAACUGACGAAAAUGGUAAGCCAGAUCAACCAAUGACAAUAGCCUACAUUUCAUCCAAUGAAAACAAGUUUCAAGAUGCAAAGAAAGCCCACGAACAGUAUCUUCAAAGACUUCAAGAUUAUCAAAACGGCGAUUUGGAGAAAGGUAUCACCUUGAAGAAUUAUCUAUACCCGAGUAAUCAAAGGAAGUUGGAAGAUGUGAAAUACAAUCAGCUUCACCAUCCUUUACCGAAGGUUAUGUUUGGUAUUACCAUAUUGUUGCUUUUCUACGUUUUAGCCAAGUACAGGAAAAGGAUAUUCAGCAGAUCGUCGUCUAAAAUAGUUUCUAUUAGAGAGGACUGA